CAAUAUUUUCGAAAAUUCUGCCAUGAAUUUUAUAAGUAGAAGUCGAGAUGUUGUGAUGGCUGGUAAAUCACGACGUUCGAGCACAGAGCUCGAACCAGAUCUAUCGACGCCAACGGCUCCGAAAAAGUCCAAGCAAGCCGAAAAAUCGUCCACGGAGCCCUUAACGGAGGUUCGGAGUACCGAGACACCGUCCACGAGCGAGAUAUCUUUGCAAGCGGAAGUUGUGCUGGUCCAGGAAAGAGGAGAAGAGGAAAAACGACGAACGGGAUUGUCCGAGCGAUCGGUUUCGGUCCAUGAAGCAACGAUCGAGCGAACGGAUCCAAGGAUCUCCGAACGAGAGAAGGCGGCGACCUCGGGCGAAUCGGUCCCGGGUACUUCGAAGGAGGAACAACUCGGCACUCUGAAAUCUAUUGUAAUGAAGUAUAGCGAGCAGAGCGACGAGCUCCCUGGUCUUCCCGGAAGCAGACCGAAAUGCGAGACGACCGUGCAGAGCUUUACGUUGCGCGAACACGCGUCCUACGAAGACCUUUCUGUUAUCGGGAACGGUGCCUACGGUACGGUGUACAAGGCGAAGGACAAGUCCAGCGGUCAAAUUGUAGCGCUUAAGAAAGUUAGGGUACCAUUGACGGACGAUGGCUUACCCAUGUCCACCCUGAGAGAGAUCGCUGCUCUAAAGUCGCUCGAACGCUACGAACAUCCAAAUAUUGUCAGAUUACUCGAUGUCUGUCAAGGAGAUUAUCUUCACUUACCAUCGGGUGAUGGUGAACAAUCCGAGAGACUAGACCGUGGUCUCACCCUCUGGUUGGUGUUCGAACAUGUGGAAAGAGAUCUCGCUUCCUAUAUAGCCAAUUAUCGAGAUAGCUCUCCGCGAUCGGGCAUCUCGCCGUAUCUCGUGAGGCAAAUGUUGAAAGAAAUACUAUAUGGAGUGGAGUUCCUACAUAGCCAUAGAAUAAUACACAGGGAUUUGAAACCGCAAAAUCUUUUGGUAACGCGGGAAGGAAGAAUCAAAAUCGCGGAUUUUGGUUUAGCCAAGACCUACGACUUCGAGAUGAGAUUAACUUCCGUGGUUGUGACUCAAUGGUAUCGAGCACCUGAAGUACUUUUAGGAUGUUCCUAUGCUACCCCUGUAGAUAUCUGGUCUGUCGGAUGUAUAUUGGCAGAACUUUGCAAAUUGGAACCAUUAUUCCCAGGUAGUAGCGAAGGUGAUCAACUCGACAGGAUUUUCCAAGUUUUAGGCACACCGUCGCAGCAAGCAUGGCCACAGAAUGUAUCACUCAGUUGGACAGCUUUCCCAUACAGACAACCUAAACCUCUUGGUGCAAUAAUACCAGAUCUCAAUGAACAUGGAUUAGACUUAAUAAGAAGUAUGCUCAUGUUUGAUCCUCAUAGUCGUAUAACCGCAGCACAAGCAGUAAGACACCGAUACUUUUCUGAAGAAGCUAUACAAUGAAGAUGUACACUGAAGAAUAUACACUGAAGAAUAUACAAUGUUCCGUAAGUUAUCUAGAUCUACUAGUAAACUCAGACUGAUGUAACUGUAUUCAGGACUAAAAACAUUUCUCCAUACGUAAGUACGCUAUAAUAGUACAUAAGAUUAAUAGUUGAUUAAUUAAACAUCUAAUAUAUGAGUAUUAAGAAUCCCACUUGUGCGUUACAAAUUCAAUUAACAAUUAAAAUUAACUGUUUAAUAGUUAAAUUUCAAUCUGUUGUAUUAAAUAGUUGAUAAUAGUCGUUAUGUACCCCUUAUAUUUUAUUUUUAUAUAGUUAAUUUCCCUGUAGUUAAGUUAUUUAGAGUAAACAUAAUGAAACGUCAUAAUUUUGCAAAACAACCUAUGAUAUUUAAGUAAUAUAUAAUUUAAAGGGCUUCUAGGUGUACCUUAAUAUACAAUGUGAGAAUGAGACAAUUAUUAUUUUUGAUAUGUUAUUUAUUUACAUAAUGACGUCUUAAUAUUUCAGUCAAUCAUCUUUUUAUAAAGAUGUUAAGAAUUAUGUUUCUCAUUAAUUUCUUUUAUAUUUUACAUUAUCGUGUUUAACAGCUUAGUUGUAUACAUAUGACAUUAAUAGGAUAAGUUAAGUAAAAUGCGUAUAACUGGAAAGAAAAUCUGAAAGAAAAUAUCUAUUAAUAGUAUGAAAGCGAUUGUAUGUAUAUCGCGAAUACCUUAUUUAACUUUAGUUCAACUAUAUAAAAUUGACAUAAAAUUAAGGUAACAAAUAUGUGUAUGUAUAUUUUUCUAAGACUGGGACUUUAUAUAAUCCAUUAGAGACAUAUGUGAAAGAUUAGAAUCUUCCAUAGAAAACCAGAAAGCGCACUGCCAUAUCUUGUAUGUACCAUGAGCCAUUAAAUAAUCAUUAUAAUAUCAUAUUUUUCAUUAAUGUAUAAUAUUGACGACGUGUAUAGAGCAAUAAUUAUGACAAUAUUUAUGUCAGUUCGUUUAAUGUGCAUUAUUGCGUAUUAAUAAGAUAAUACAAAAAUAUAUACAUAAAUAUAUUGUUAAGAAGA